UAGUUCAUCGUUCGUUCUCAUUUUUCCAGACUAGUUUGCCUCGUUGCGCAUUUCUUCACUCCUCUGCUAAUCAUUGUUUACAACUCUGGUCGGUACCAUACACACACAUUCAUUAAAAACGGAAAAUAACCGUCUCGCGCAGUAGAACGCUUCUCCGACAGGAAGACCGGAGCAUAAACAGCCGACCGCAACUUUCGACCAAAAGCAGACGAACACAGCCUUGUUUGCAUGCAUCUGGUAGACAAUCACUCGCUGCUUGACUGUCUGCCACUUGUCUUUAGUUGUAUUUCGGACGCUUUCGAUAUCGGUAGUGCGUAUUUCCGUUCGGUGUUACGAUUGGAUGUCAUCAAUCACGUUUCUAAUAAGAUAUUGAAUGAAAAACUAUUACACCGGUCAUCAAUUGCAUCGGUCAUGCAUGACUUUUAUCGCGAAAAUUGAGCCAAACUCGCGAUCAGUUCAUAGUUGUGAUACAAACAGCAUGUCAUCACAUCUGUUGUACGUCAACAUGCUGAUCAAAGGAUUCGUUCGAAAGCCGAUUCUACGCUGAGAACGCUGUAAGAGUAGUGUUGGACGAAGUAGGCUGUAGGGGUGAAUGGUCUGGCGAGAGAAAAGAUCAGGUUUUAUUGCACUGAAGUGCGAAGAAGAGCAGAAUGUUAUAAAUUAGGUGCGUUGUGUUGGUGUAAGUGAGCGGGUGCUUCUAAAAAUAUACGACCAGUGUGGAAAGUAGCAACAGCAACAACAUCACCAUCGGUGGCGGCCGUACAAGAAGCCUAUCGCAAGAGUGGUUUUAACGGUGUUUGUGUUGAGAAUCGUAGCAUAUUUUAUGUAUUGUUUAUUGCAUUUAGCGUAAACGUUCGGUGAAUGUGUGAGUGGUAAAAUAAUAACACCGAAGAGGUGUGUGAAGUGUUAUAAAGUUGAGAGCCAUACAAAAGAGUGUAUGAAGAUUUGGCUUCAGGGAAUUGAUUAAUAAAUAAAAAAAGGGGAAAAUGUGUUUGAAGUUAAGGUGUAUUGUUCUGCUGAUGGGUUAUGCAAAUUUUGGGUUGUCCAUUCAGCAGCAGGAUUCCUUCGGAGGCCAUGAGAUUUCCAGCUUAAACUCGGAUGACUUUCAGCAUCACAAUCGCUGUGAACCGAUCACCAUACCAUUUUGUACCGAUAUCCAGUACAACAAAACCAUCAUGCCUAACCUGAUAGGGCAUACGAAGCAGGAAGAGGCAGCCCUCGAAGUUCAUCAGUUUAUUCCCCUGGUCAAAAUCGACUGCAGUCCCGAUCUGAAAUUCUUCCUGUGUACUUUGUAUGCACCUGUCUGCACAAUUCUCAACUACCCGAUACCGCCGUGUCGUAGCUUAUGCGAGAGUGCCCGCGUUUGUGAAACGAUAAUGCGAACAUUUGACUUCCAGUGGCCGGAAAACCUGGAAUGCAGCAAGUUUCCCGAAGAUGGCAAAGAGUUGUGCGUUUCGCAGAACAACUCUUCGGAUAGUACCCCGAUGCCAACGAGUUCCAUGCAUGCCACCAAACCGCACGCACCCCGGAAGAACGUUCACUCCGGUGCCAUUGGCAAUAUUGCCACCAGCCAUCGGGACCUCGGAUUCAUCUGUCCGGUUCAGUUAAAAGCCCCAACGAUCAUGGGAUAUCAGCUGAUCGUAGGUGGAAAGGUCACCAAGGACUGUGGAGCACCCUGCAAUUCCAUGUUCUUCUCGGAAAACGAACGAACCGUGCUCAAGUACUGGGUCGGAUCGUGGGCUGCGGUGUGCGUCGCCAGCUGUCUUUUCACGGUGCUGACCUUCAUGAUCGACUCGUCGCGAUUCCGCUAUCCGGAGAGACCGAUUGUGUUCCUGGCGAUUUGCUACCUAAUUGUCGGAUGCGCCUACGUUGCCGGUCUAGGAGCUGGGGACACCGUGGCCUGUCGGGAACCAUUCCAGCCGCAUAUCAAGCUCGGUCGGAUGCAUAUGCUAUCAACAAUUACGCAGGGUCAUCGUCAAUCCACUUCCUGUACGGUACUGUUCAUGGCUUUGUACUUUUGCUGCAUGGCCGCUUUCGCCUGGUGGGCCUGUCUGGCCCUUGCGUGGUUCCUAGCCGCCGGACUGAAGUGGGGCCACGAGGCGAUUGAAAGUCGGUCCCAUCUGUUCCAUCUGGUGGCGUGGGCGAUUCCGGCAAUACAGACCAUCUUCGUGCUGGCGCUUGGAAAAGUUGAAGGUGACGUUCUCUCCGGGGUGUGCUUCGUGGGUCAACUGGACACCCACUCGCUGGCAGUGUUUCUGCUGAUUCCGCUGUGCAUCUACUUAUCGAUCGGGGCACUAUUUCUGCUGGCCGGGUUCGUGUCGCUGUUCCGCAUCCGGACGGUCAUGAAGCACGACGGCACCCGAACCGACAAGCUGGAGCGGCUGAUGCUGCGGAUCGGAUUCUUCAGCGGACUGUUCAUCCUGCCAGCACUCGGCUACCUGGGUUGUUUGUUCUACGAGUACUACAACUUCGACGACUGGAUGGUGCAGUGGAACCGACAGAUGUGCAAGAUAUUUUCGAUUCCCUGUCCGACCGGUGGUCGGCUCGUGGUCAGCCCGGACGAUGGGAAACCCAUCUUCCACAUCUACAUGGUGAAGUACGUCUGCUCGAUGCUGGUCGGUGUCACCUCCAGUGUGUGGCUCUGGUCCGGCAAAACCGUCAUCAGCUGGAGGCAGUUUGCCGAGCGGCUGCAAGGAAAGGACACCCGGAAUCGGGGUGCCUACGUCUAACUGGUGGAGCCAAACGGUACUGAGUGAAUAUAUGUCACCUGAGCUACGUGGAACCAAAUGUUGCUUUUGUCGCUUAAGCAUUAGGAUCGAGAUUGUAGCUCUAAGUCUGUGGAAUUGCGGCAUGGGCAAUUCGACAACUUAGUCUUACUCUAGGUUUAAUACAUGAUUUCGAUAUUACCCAUCCCCCUACAACUCUGAAAGAGGAAGUACAUCAAUGUUAGUGCUUGGAACAUUGCUGGUAUUACGGCAUGGAUAACUAAAGGCAGUUUACGUAAUUUAAGUGCAUUUCUAGGUAGUAAUGUUUUGACGUUUAUUUUGAUUAACAACAUGUACCAAACUUCAAGCCAUACGCUGUGAGUGGCAUUAGAAACGAACAAUUUAAUUUAAAUGACAAAUAAUGUAGGUACCGAAUCGAAGUCAAAUGUUACAUCCGAUUUUUAAGGAUACAUACAAUCGAAAAGCUUUUAAGCAAAACCAGCUAACUGCUUAACACUAGUUCGAAUCGACAAUUCAAUGCAAUCAACAAUCAAAUUAAGAGUGGUCCGGCGCUCAAUACAGAAUGUUUUCAAGUCGGUUGAUAGUGGCGUCCAGGGAAAGGAUUCAUUACAGAAGUGAAAAUGAACGAACAUUGAUAAGUUUGUAAGUACUUAUCGGAAACCAGUUCAGAAGCUGUUGAAUACCAUCAGACGGCGCGGAACGUAAUUUCAGACCAAGUCAAAAUCAAUGGAAUUAAUAUCGUAAAUAUAUACGUUCGUUCUGUCGGUCCUUCGUAGGCUGUGUUCAAUAUACACAUUACAGAUAGUCGUCACCUGAACUGAUGGUAUCCUUGGUUCGAUUUCGUCUUGGUAGUUUAUCCAGUUUUGUUUUCUUUCAGUAUAUAUUUUAACGGAUCCUGCGGUAGUAGUGAUAGGCAACCAGUUCGGUUUUGUAAGAUGCUGCAUUUUAUGCUCUUCAGUUGCCGCCUCACUCGAUAACAGCACGGCGCGAUGCAGUACGGUUGUAAUCUAUACUUCCAGCGAAAAAAAAAAAUUUGCACCUUGAAAUUUGAGGAACCCGUUUAAUUGGGGACCGGUCCGAAAAACAUGUUUCGCGUCCGCUUUGACUGAUUUAUUAAACAUAAGUAUGGUAUAAAAUUUUUAAUUAUUUUAGGUAGGUCAUAAACGUGACGUGAGAAGAUAUCAAAACAUUAACGUUAAGGAUCGCAAAUAUCAAUCUUUUCAUAUCAUCAAACCAUUUCAUCUCACGCAUUCGAGUAAUCAUUGAAAAAUAAAAUAAAAAUAUUUUCUGUUUAUUACGGAUACUUAACAAAGAAUGUACAUAAAUAGGCUUAAAUAUUCAAAAUUGCUGAAAAUAAUUUAUGUAAAUAUGUACAAUUUCGAACGCUCA